CGCUUCCCCGGGGGCCUGGCCUUGUGCGGCGGAGGCCUCUGCGCGAUGCGGUGGCCGCUGCUCUGGCCGCUGCUCGGGGCCACGCUGGCCCUGGGCGCGGUGCGCCGGGAAGAGGCGGCGGCGCCGUUGUCAGUUUCAGCUUGUAAAGUUCUGCAGGAAAUGGAUUUAGUGAAGACCUCUAAGUCAGACUGUUACUGCUACCAUCCAAAGUCCCAACUAGAAUGGAAAUACAUUUGGUCAACUGUGCAGGUCCACAUUGCCAGCCAAGGUCUGCUCAGCAUUACCUAUAUCACAGAAAGACAUCACUGCCAGUAUCCGGAAUCCAUCCCGUCAUUUAUCAGAUGUCUGGCUCGUAACUUCUGGCCACCCAGAGAGUCUAAUGAAAUAACCAUCGUCGUCAAUCCAUAUGAAGCGACGAUGUGUUUUUCUCUGAGGCCUGGGGAGAAGAUAGUUCCUUAUACAUUAAGUGUAAAUCGAAACAUUGUGGAUUUCAGACUCUUCCUUAUGUUUGUGGCAGGGGUUUCUCUCUUCUAUUACGCCGAGACUUUGAGUCGGAGCCCUCUUUUCUACUACUCUUCAGGGACUGUACUGGGUAUUUUGAUGACACUUGUCUUUGUCCUGCUGCUGGUGAAAAAGUCCAUUCCUAAGUAUAGCACCUUUUGGGCCCUAAUGGUUGGCUGUUGGUCGGCCUCAGUUUAUAUCAUGUGCCGGUUGAUUGAAGAGCUGAAGUGGCUGACUAGUGAAAGCAGGACGUAUAUAUUAGGCUAUUUCUUGACAGUUGGACUUGUCAGUUUUGCUGUUUGUUACAAGCAUGGGCCUCUUGUGGAGGCAACGAGCAGAAACCUUCUGGCGUGGACUCUGCGGCUCCUCUCCCUGCUUCUGGUCUGUUCCGGAAUCACCAUGGCUCCGCUGGCAUACGCAGUUGGGAUCCUCAUGCUGUCAUCCAGAGUUCUGCGAUUCCCACGGAAAGCUUUCAGGAGAAUGAAGACAUGGCUCCCUCCAGCAAAGCCGCAGUUUAAAUACCUUACUGAAGACGAGUACCGGGAACAGGCGGACGCCGAGACCACGGGCGCCCUGGAGGAGCUGCGCCAAGCCUGCCGCAGGCCUGACUUCCCUUCCUGGCUGGCCGUGGCCAGGCUCCAGUCUCCAAAAAAAUUUGCAGACUUUGUUCUCGGAGGAAGCCACCUGUCACCUGAAGAAGUGAGUCUGCAUGAACAACAGUACGGCCUUGGGGGCGUCUUCUUGGAAGAGCAGCUCUUUAACCCGCAGAGUACCUGACAGCUCACCUGAGCACUGACUUCAUUCUGGACCCGGAAGUGGGCAAAGGGCAACGUCCUUGGGGGUAAGAAAGCUGGACAGAACUACGGUACUACGAGUGGCAAAAGCCUUUGCAGUGGAGAAAAAGCAAGCGGGAGACUGAACUCUCCUGGCCGAGUUUUCUGCUGCACAUUGCAUGUAACCAUCAAGAUCGUGUGAGCAUCAUUGCCACUUGCCUGAGGGGCGACUUCCCUCAGAAGCAAGGAGACGGCAUUGAUUGCCAGUUUGAAAGGGCAGCUUCUCAACACCAGGGCAUCAAGUCCUCACCUGUGUCUGAAGGCUCUGCUUAGCUCUUCUGUCUGUUUCUGACAGAAGUAAUUGCUGAGAGAUCUGAGAUGUUUCCCAAACUAUGGAGGCCUUUGAGAGCUGCGGACAGCUUUUAAUACUGUGAAUGGACUGAGUGCAAUGUGCCCAGUGAGGAAGCGUUGUGUUGCCUUACUGUGACCACAGAACUCCUCUGUUUUGAGAUUAAUAUUGUUCGGAACAUAUGUUGGGAAAAUGCUAGUAUGGGGGAAUUGAGGUUUUAAGGGGUUAAACAAAUUGUCCAGGACUGUACAGCUCUUAAGACAGCACUGGGCCUAGAACUCCAACUCUUAUGUUUACAACUCAGAUAGAAGAAAAGACCCUUCUAGGUGAGCCUAAGAGAAGGUCUUCUUCUAACUGUCUCAGGAUCAUGAUAUGGGUGCCUUUUUUUUAAAAAAAAAUAAUGGCCAACUAUUGAUAACUAUAAUUUGAAAUUCCCAAGAUUCCAAUGUUCAGUUUUGAUAAAGCCUUUUAUCAACACAUAUAAGGAUUAGAAAUCAGAAUAGACUUUGACACGUUAUUUUUUUAUGUUGAAAUUGAGAGUAUUCAUUGUGAUAUUGAGUUGGCUAGCUCAUCUAGACCGCUCACCUAGUAGAGCGUGUAUUUUGCCAUGCUUGAGGUCCCUGGGUUUGAGACCCAGGACCAGAAAGGAAACAGUGCUAUGAUCUGUCUCCUUCCGUCUCUUGUCUCUCUCCCCCUCCUUCCCUCUCUAACUCCUUCCCCCCCACAAUAAGAGUUAACUCAGAAGGAGCGAAGUUAUCCUUGUUAAGGCCUAGUGUGACACACACACACACACACACACACACACACACCUUUAGUUCUGUAUGUUUGUAACAAUUUUCUACAAAACAGAUUUUGUGAGUUUUCUUACAGUGUUCUCUGUAAUGAAAGAGUAGCUACAGGCCUUGAUACCAAAGAAAGGAGGCCAAAAUAAUGAGCCAGUAAAUAUGUGAAUGUGGCAAAACAACCUACAGGUUAAAAUGUUAAAGUGAUGUUCAAAACAAAAUCGUAGGGGUCAGGCGGUAGCGCAAUGGGUUAAGCGCACGUGGUGCAACGAAUUAAGGAUCCCAGUUCAAGCCCCUGGCUCCCCACCUGCAGGGGAGUCACUUCACAGGCAGUGAAGCAGGUCUGCAGGUGUCUGUCUUUCUCUCCCCCUCUCUGUCUUCCCCUCCUCUCUCCAUUUCUCUCUGUCCUAUCCAACAACGACAUCAACAACAACAAUAAUAACCACAACAAGGGCAACAAAAGGGGGGGGGGAAUGGAGCAGUGGAUUCAUGGUGCAGGCACUGAGCCCCAGCAAUAACCCUGGAGGAAAAGAAAAAAAUCAUAUGAGUGAGAACAGCUCCACCGACAGGUGCCCUGAACAAGAGGUCAAGCCCAGAGUCCCAGACAUACGAGUUUGUCACCCUACCUCCUGAGUCACCUCUGUGGCCAGUAAACUGAUUCUCUUAAAAUCUAACUGGAGAGGGAGUCAGGCGGUAGUGCAGCGGGUUAAGCGCAAAAGGCGCAAAGAACAAGGACCGGCAUUAGGAUCUCGGUUCGAGCCCUGGCUCCCCACCUGCAGGGGAGUCGCUGCACAAGUGGUGAAGCAGGUCUGCAGGUGUCUGUCUUUCUCUCCCCCUCUGUCUUCCCCUCCUCUCUCCAUUUCUCUCUGUCCUAUCCAAUGACGAUAUCAAUAACAAUAAUAAUAACCAAAACGAUAAAACAAGGGCAACAAAAGGAAAUAAAUAAAAUUUAAAAGAAGAAAUCUAACUGGGAGUCAGAAUGUUUUGCAGACACCUAUCACAGAGAGAUGAGAAACUGUCUGUCUGUCAGCAACUGCACUGUGAACCAUUAGUGCCUCCUCCCCAAAGGGGGGAGAAAUGUAACUUGGGCCUUUUCUUUGCUACAUGGACCAUAAAGAAUGGGAAGUUUCCUUUUACUAAAAUAUGGGUUAUGAUGAGGGACAUAGAAAAUCUGCAAACUGGGGGCCGGGUGGUGGCGCACCUGGUCGAGCGCACACGUUAAAAGGCUAGAGGACUUGGGUUCAAGCCCCCCGGCCCCCACCUGCAAGGGGAAAGCUUUACAAGUGGUGAAACAGGGCUGCAGGUAUCUCUGUGUCUCUCUCCUUUCUAUCUCCCCUUCUCGAUUUCUGGCUGUUUCUAUCCAAUAAAUAAAGAUAAUAAAAGAAAUUGCAAACUGCUUUCUGAGCCAAAUCUCAUAGUUUGUUUUUUUUUUCCUAAAUUGUCGAACAAGUCCAUGCCUACCCAUUGAGAAGUUGGCAGGUAUAUUUCCUUUUCUUCUUAGAGAUGGAGAGCUCACAGCCUCAAAGCUUCCUCCAGGGCUGCAAUACUCACACAAGUUACUGGCAGAGCAGGCACCCUGCCAGGUUAUUUUUUAAAAUGGUUUUUCCUCUUUCAAGUGUGUGUCUGUCUUUUAUGGGUCUCUAGUUUGGGUUGGCACCUUUUUACUCUUAGGGUCUUUGCUAUUUUUAAUAAAUGUGCUAAUUCAGUCUGUGCUUUUACAUUAUCUUUGAUUUCAAAAAAUCAAAGAACGUAUAUCUUCCAUCAAGAUUGAUAAGAUUUGUAAGUAUCAACAGUUCUAACAUCAUUUUGGUUACAGUUUGACCUGAUUAUAUAUAUAUAUAUUGUAUUGGUCUAUAUGUUUCACAUGUACCAGUGAUCAUGCUCACCUCCUGAGAGUUUGGGAAUCACAAAAUUUCUAUGAAUGAUAUGCAAACAAUUUGUUAAAAUUCCCAGUAGCUCUUAUGCCAACACAGACAUUGGAUCUUAAGCUAGAGAGAAGCAGCUCCUAGUGGGCCGGUCAUCACAAUAAAAAACAAACAAAAAAACCAAAAGAGCAAAAAUAAACAAUUCUCUUCUAGGAUGUUAUCUUUCAUGUUUGUUUUGAGAGGGAAUCAGAUUUGUCAUAUAAGUACUGUGAGAAGUUAAACCAUUAAAACAUAACUUAUA